GAUUACGACAAUAAGAAAAUGGCGGAGGAGGAGCGGAGUGCCGAGGCUGAGAAACUCAAGGAGAAGGCGAAUAAUUACUUUAAAGAAAAAGACUACGAGAAUGCAAUCAAGUAUUACACCGAGGCGCUGGAACUGAAUCCAUCCAAUGCCAUCUACUACAGUAACCGGAGCCUGGCAUACCUGCGCACAGAGUGCUAUGGCUACGCCCUGGCAGAUGCCACCCGUGCCCUGGAGAUUGAUAAGAACUACAUCAAGGGUUAUUACCGGCGUGCCACUUCUAACAUGGCGCUGGGUAAAUUCAAGGCCGCGCUUAAAGAUUACGAAACGGUAGUCCGGGUGCGACCCAACGAUAAGGAUGCCAAGCUGAAAUAUCAAGAGUGCAACAAGAUUGUAAAGCAGAAGGCCUUCGAGAGAGCCAUCGCCAGUGACGAGCUGAAACGAUCAGUAGUGGAUUCGUUAGACAUCGAGAACAUGACGAUUGAGGAUGAGUACAUAGGUCCAAAACUGGAAGACAGUAAGGUCACGUUGAAAUUCAUGAAGGAGCUGAUGGAGUGGUUUAAGGAGCAGAAGAAACUGCACAGGAAGUGUGCUUACCAGAUACUGGUUCAAGUAAAAGACGUUUUAUCCAAAUUACCAAGCCUCGUUGAAAUUACGUUAAAAGAGACAGAGAAAGUAACUAUUUGUGGGGACACGCAUGGCCAGUACUACGACCUUCUAAACAUCUUUGAGCUGAACGGCUUACCGUCUCCGACCAAUCCAUACCUGUUCAACGGUGACUUUGUGGAUCGUGGCUCCUUCUCAGUGGAGGUUAUUCUCACGCUCUUUGGUUUCAAGCUCCUUUACCCAGACCACUUCUACCUACUGAGAGGUAACCACGAAACGGAUAACAUGAAUCAGAUGUAUGGCUUCGAAGGCGAGGUCAAGGCCAAGUACACGGCACAGAUGUUCCAGCUGUUCAGUGAGGUCUUUCAGUGGCUUCCGCUUGCACAGUGCAUCAACAACAAAGUGCUGGUGAUGCACGGGGGACUAUUUAGUGAAGAUGGUGUAACUUUAGAUGAUCUUAGAAAGAUUGACAGAAACAGACAGCCUCCAGACUCCGGUCCUAUGUGUGAUCUCUUGUGGUCAGACCCUCAGCCUCAGAACGGGCGGUCCAUCAGUAAACGUGGCGUGAGCUGUCAGUUCGGGCCUGACGUCACCGAACGUUUCCUGGAACAGAAUAAGCUGCAGUACAUUGUGCGCAGUCAUGAGGUGAAAGCUGAAGGCUAUGAGGUCACUCACUCAGGGAAGUGCAUCACGGUGUUCUCCGCGCCCAAUUACUGUGACCAGAUGGGUAACAAGGGAGCCUACAUUCACCUCAGGGGAUCAGACCUCAAGCCUGAAUUCCACCAGUUCACUGCUGUGCCUCAUCCGAAUGUUAAGCCCAUGGCAUACGCCAACUCGCUCUUGCAGUUGGGAAUGAUGUAGAGGCUCGAGUCAUCUCUUAGCAGCUGUUACUCUCUCAAGUUCACACUAGUCCCUCCAGACACAUCACAUUUGUCAUUCCUGUUCUUUUUUUUUCCCCCCCCCCACAAGCGAUUGGUCUUCUUAAUGCACAUGAACACUCAGAGUGAUCCGAUGCUUCUUGCUCUAGCGAGGAGACGAACUCUUGAGCGUGCCAAGUUGAAAGAAAGAAAACAGGACCUCUUUUGUUAAUCCGUUUUAAUUUCGUUAUGCAUCAGUGUAUUUCGCCUCCAUUUUUCAUUGAUGUAAAGCUGUUAGGGUUUUUAAUCCAGUAUUAGCAGAUAAUUUCUGAGCUCUAGAGCACUGAGCUGGAUUGAACCAAAGACCUGGGGUCAUGUGUCUCAAAUGGUUUGGAGAAAGAUGGUCGAGGGUGUAAUUUUAAAAAAAAAAAAUUUUGAUUUAUUGCCCUGCCAUUUGAAUGACUGUGGAUGAGCCGCUUGAUGCAUCAAGAUCCUGAGUUAGGAAACUGAAUAUAAAGUGUCAUCAUGUGUAACCAAGCCUGCAUUUGUCACACAACGGUGUGUUUCUGUAGCAGUGAACUCAUCCGUCGCAACUUGGGUUUUUGUAAUCAGCUGCCUUCAUGUGUAUGUCUCGGUCUUUACUGUAGAGCCAGACUGAGUUGGAUUCAUUUCGACUCAAGCUUUUGCCCAUCAUAUAAAUGAGCUCAAUGAGACGACUGUACAGAAUCCAAGCGCACAAUAACAUCUACUCCCUGUAGUUACUUGACUGUUUAACUCUCUCCAUAUGUUCUUCAGUAUUGUGAAGCUCCACUGUGUCAGUCGUACUCCGAUCUGUUGGCAGCACCAACACCCGUUUUUCUCCCAGCUCCCUUAACUGAAGUGCACUGGAGAUAGCUGUAGUCCUCCCCAUUGUACGAUUGUUUAGCUAAAUCCACCCCCCUCUUGCCAGUGUGGAUUUGUGACAGAACAUGACUGGUGUUUAGAAAUCUUAAAACGCACAGCAGCCAUAUCCCAUGCCCUUGACUUUUUAGAUAAUGUUCUAUACACAAAUGUGUAUGUAUAUACAGUAUAUACUGUAACAAAUUCCCUGUGUACAUGUUUGGAAAAAAUUACUGAAUUAAAAAAAAAAAAUCCAUUCUAGUAA